AUGAGCAAGGAGGCACCUCUCCGGCCCCAAACACACGAGAAGAAGAAGAAGUCCAGAGGCAGAGGUGCAAAGAUGGCGAACCUCGUGGAAGCCGCUUCUCAGCAGCAGUUUGAGGAGCUCCUGUCCCGCUGCGGGAAGGGCCUGGCCGUGGUGCACUUCCAGGCGGCGUGGGCCCCUCAGUGCGAGCAGAUGAACGAUGUGAUGGCGGUGUUGGCCGAGGAGCACCGGGGCAGUACGUUCGUGAGGCUGGAGGCCGAAGCGGUGCCCGAGGUGUCGGAGAAGUACGACAUCAGCUCCGUGCCCACCUUCUUGUUCUUCCGCGGAGGGGAGCGGGUGGACCGGCUGGACGGGGCCAACGCUCCCGAACUUACCAAGAAGGUUCAGAAGCUAGCCGGCAGUAGCGUUGCCGCCGCUGAGUCGGGCCCUGCCGCCCUGAACGAGCGGCUGAAGAAGUUGAUCAACAGCGCCCCCUGCAUGCUGUUCAUGAAGGGCGUCCCGCAAGAGCCUCGCUGCGGUUUCAGUCGUCAGAUUGUGGCCCUCCUGAAAGAGCACGCCAUCGAGUUCAGCACCUUUGACAUCCUGUCCGACGAGGAGGUCCGGCAGGGGCUGAAGACCUACUCCAACUGGCCCACCUACCCGCAGCUGUACGCUAAUGGAGAGCUGGUGGGUGGGCUGGACAUCGUGAAGGAGCUGGCCGAGUCAGGGGAGCUGGCGAGCACGUGCCCCAAGGCAGUCUCGCUGGAGGCCCGGCUCAAGACCAUCAUCAACCGCAACCCAGUGAUGCUGUUCAUGAAGGGCAACAAGGAGGCAGCCAAAUGUGGGUUCUCGCGGCAGAUCCUGGAAAUUCUGAACGGCACAGGCGUGGACUACGGCACAUUUGACAUCCUGGAGGACGAGGAGGUGCGGCAGGGGCUGAAGACCUACUCCAACUGGCCCACAUACCCACAGCUGUACGUGAAGGGCGAGCUGGUGGGAGGCCUGGACAUUGUCAAAGAGCUUAAGGAGAAUGGGGAGCUCACAUCGGUGCUGCAGGGAGAGUCUUAA